GCCUCAGCUGGGGAAAACCGCCGAACCGGGGGGAAUCGAUGCGCAACCGCCUCGGCGUCCGCCGCCGCCAUGCUGCUCCUCCGCAGGCACCUCCUCCCUCUCCACCGCGCGGCCUCCUCGCUCCCUUCCCCCAUCUACCACCGCGCCUGGCUCCUCUCCACCUCCGCCUCGGCCUCGGCCUCGGCCUCCACCGCCCCGUUCUCCCUCGAGGACUACCUCGUCGCCGCCUGCGGCCUCCACCCAGCUCAAGCCCUCAAGACGGCUAAGAAGGCGUUGGAUGAAGCAUCCAAACAAGGUAACAAGAAGGCAUUCGAGGACCUAUGCUGGUCCCGCCUCAAAUCCGCCUCCAACCCCGACGCCAUCCUCGCCCUGCUCUCCGGCGUCGGCCUCUCCAGCGCCGACAUCGCCGAAGUCGUCGUCGCGGACCCGCUGAUCCUCCGCGCCUCGCCCAAGAACGUCGGGCCCCGCCUUCAUGCUCUCCGUGACCGCCUCGGUCUGCCCACUCCCCAGAUCGCUCGCUUCCUCGUGGUCGGCUCACGCGCCCUCCGCAGCUGCGACGUCGGUCCAAAGCUCGAGUUCUUCAUCUCUUUCUUCGGUUCAUUUGAACAUAUCUUCGCGAUCAUCAAGAAGAGUGACCGCAUUCUACACUCGGAUGUUGGAAGUGUUAUCAAUCCUAAUAUCGCGCUGCUUCGUCAGUGGGGCUUAAGUGUUCGAGAUAUUGCCCAGCUGUGUUCACACAACUCGUGGGUGCUUACCUAUAGCCUGGAGCGCGUCAAGGAAUUAUUGCUGCGCGCGGAAGAGCUUGGGGUGCCUCGCAGCUCGCGAAGUUUCAAGUUUGCGGUUUUAGCUGUCUCAAAUAUCACCAAAGAAAAGGCUACUUCCAAGCUUAAGUUUUUGAAUAGUACUCUUGGUUGCUCCGAGAGUGAAGUUGCAAUUGCAGUGUCCAAGAUGCCAAGUAUUCUGCCAUUGUCUGAGGAGCUCCUUCUCCGCAAGAUUCAGUUCUUGAUCAACGAGGUUGGAAUGAAACCUCAGCACAUUGUUGAAAGACCUGCCCUGUUAGCACACAGCCUGGAGAAGCGGCUAGUGCCCCGGCAUUGUGUCAUGAAGGUCCUGCAGGCAAAGGGAUUGCUGAGUAGUAAAGUGGGCCUUUUCACAUUAGCUCAAAUUGGAGAGGAGACUUUCAAAUUGAAGUACAUCGACUGUCACAAGGACUCUGUUCCUGGGCUUGCAGAUGCUUAUGCCGCAGCUAGUGCUGGCGUUCUCAAUUCUUCUUUCUGCGGCAGAACAACUAGUGAUCUCUGACUGCUCAUCGUCCAUGUUUAAGGUAUGGUUGUCUAUUAUUCUGUCAAAGAGCUGGUUGGCUUAUUCUGGAGCCUUACUGCACGUGUUCGUUAGUCGCUUCUGUCUAGCGCAUGGCUGAAUAUUAUCCUUAACUGAGGUGUUCAUCUGUGGAUAGGCCCUCGUCCUUGCUAGGGGUGGUAAAGGGCCUAAGAUUUUGAAUUAGAAAAUCUAAAGGCCGGGCCCUAAAAGGGCUGGGCUCUAAUCUUAUACAAUUUUGAACUAAAAAAUUUAAGAGCCUUGUUGGGCUGUGAGAGCCACUAGGGCCAUGGCCCAUUACCACCUCUAGUCCUAGCACCUGAUCUAGUUGGAAUUUGAUAGCACUAGCUUUCGCUUUUUCUCUAACCGUGUUUGUCAUUUCUACUGACAUUUUACAGUGCUCACUGAUAAUUAUUUGUUGCAUAAUUCGUUUUUAGAGGAAUGUGUUAUGUUUGUUCUACUGAUGUUUACAAUGCACUUGCAAACUGAGCAAUUGCUCAAUGGUGGGCUCAUUGUGGUCAUGCCCACCGACCAGGUUCGAACCCUGGUAUUGCACCGAAAAGAAAUUCUCCGGGCUUGCUGGCAUGUGGUUGUGGUGCGUUUCCGUGCUCGCCGGCCUGGGUAAUGGUGUAUGUCAGCCCAAGUUCGGUUUGGCCCAUAUAGGCAUGGAUCCGGAUUCAGGGGAUUUCUCGGCCGGGAUCAUACGGUACCUUCUUAUUGCAAUACCGUAGGCAGUUCACCCACCGGAGAGUGUUUUUAUGUUUACAUUGCACUUACUGAGGCUUGACUAUUACUUACAGUGGCUAGAUUUGGUACUGAGAAGAAACAAUUGUUUAAACCAAGUUUCGUGGCCACCAAUACAUUCUUAAGAACUGUUUGGUUCCGUGGACCUCUGCCCUGUGAUUUUGAGAAGUGGGGGUUUCUGUCACAAUAUUUGCGCUUCUACAGCCUGCAUGCAUGAUGAUAAGAUACAUAGUACUAUUUAUAUGGAUUUUCUUACCAGUUACAACUUGUCACACUAUACAUUCUAGUUUUAUGGCAGGUCACGCGAUGUGUGCCAGAAAUUAUUGAGGUGUUUUCUAAGCAGGAUCACAAAAGGCCGCAGUAACCAUAGGUGCUCUGUGUUUGAGUUGCAUCUGAAAUACCAGGCCCUGGAGAGCUGCUUCUUCACUGUAUGAUUACUGAAGUGUGGUUGCCGUGAUAUUGUCAAAAGUUUCGAUCUAUUUUCGUCAACUCAUGUGCAGAAGCAGACCAGACAGGCCAAGCGCAGGCGUGAAUCUUGCACGGCAUGUGUGUAACAAGUAUAGAUAUGUGUAUCUAAAUAGAAUAGCGUGUGCUCAUUCCAAGUUAAGGCCGUAAAACAUGUUUGCAUCUUGUCAUCGUCAUCAUCAUCAUUUAUUCGAAAGAUUUUUUUUGAGGAAGAUUUAUUCUUAA